AGUCGCACUCUCUCACUUUGCUGUCACUGCCGGAGACAGCCAGCAUGCUGCCUGCUGUCGUGAAGCUCUGCUGUGGAAUCUCCUACCCACACCUGAGGAGUACGGCAGGACUUCAACGCACAACGAUGGCAGUGAUAGGCCAGGAGAUCGCACACCUGCAUCGGUGGGGACAAAUAAAACAGCGCAUGACAUCACAUGCUGGUUUGAAUUAUAACGAGUCCAACAGAGAAGAUGUGCCAGCAAAAGAAGAUCAGCUGUUCUUUGUGCAACAAGGCCGAGGAGCAAUGAGGAAGGCUCUCAGUAUGUUGGAGGACAAAGACGGGUGGAAAGUGGAGAUCGCAGAGAGCACCGGGGAUGUGAUCUGCAGCAAAGCGAUGCCGGGGGCCAGGAAGGUCUUCAGGCUGGAGGCGGUGCUGGAGGCCGGCGUGGACGAGCUCUAUGACAUCCUGUUCACCAGAGUGGAGGAGAUGCACCAGUGGAACCCGAGCAUUCAGCGAAUCAAAGUUCUGAAACACGUCGGGCCCGAAACGAUCGUCACUCAUGAGGUUUCGGCCGAGACGGCAGGAAAUCUAAUUGGCCAAAGGGAUUUCCUGAGUGUCAGACAUAGCUGCAAACAAAAGUCCAGUGUUUAUCUUGGAGGAGCAGCGAUUCAGCUGGAGGCGUUCCCACCUCAGGCGGGCUUUGUGAGAGCUGAGGAUGGACCGACAUGCAUCAUCAUUCAGCCUCUGGACGGGGAUACGAGAAAGAGUCACUUCACGUGGCUUCUUAACAUGGACGUGAAGGGCUGGCUGCCAAAGUCCAUUGUCAAUCAGGCUCUGCCUCGAGCACAGCUGGAUUUCACCAGACAUCUCCGCAGACGCCUCACAGCGAGAGCAGACCCUGACUGAGUCUGUGUGACACCCAUUCGUCAGCAGCAGCAGCAGCCUGUCAUCAUUCACAGGGGGAGACUGAGAGACGGAGGCAUGGCGACAGCCCGGCUGUUCGGCAGGAGGCCGCCCUUUCCUCGAGUUUCCAGAGGCGCUGCCUGCAGGAGAAGCUCUGCUCCUAACGCUGUGUAGAGCAGAGCAGGAGGAGAUGAGUACCAGCAGCCAGGGCCAGCCUGGCACAAAGACAGCUGGCUUCUAAUAGGAAAUAAUAUCAAGGCUGCCAAUCAAACCUCAUUAACACUGUGGAGUCAACACUCCUCCAUUGACACAUGAGUAACUGUACUCUGCAUAUGACUGGAUAAAAUCAAUAAAGUGAUUUCAUUGUUU